GAGAGAGAUAUUUCUCACUUUCAUCAUUGUUCAUCUUCUCUCUCUCUCCUCUCUAUCUUGUAUAUGAUUUUCAAAUAAAACCAAAAAAAAAAUGUUUUCAAAGAACCACCCUUUGAUUUUCCAAUUUCUCUAUUGAGCUGAAAAACCUUUUUAAUUUUAAAGUGAAAGUUUUCGUGUUUUUUUUUUUUGAAAUUCUGAUCCGCCGAAUAAUCUGAGCUAAUUGACGUUGUGUUGCUAAUCUGGGUUUUCUCAAAAUCUCGUCUUUCUUACUUGAACCUAAACCCAAUUGCAAUUAGCAAUCGUCGUUGGCUGCUGAAUUUUUUUUUGGUCCGAUUGGUUUUUGAUUUUUGUUUAGGGUUUGAUUGGAUCGCAGCCUAAUUUGCGGUUUUUGAUACUGUUAGGGAUUGUCCCUCGGAGAUUAAACACUUGUGGCAAAGAGUCUUUGUGAUCGAGAAUAAGUGUGUGUAUCAAUCGGAAAGAGAAAGAGGAAGCUACCUUUUAAGGUUAGCUACAAAUCUCGCCGAGUUAGUUGCUAAUUUUAUAGUGCCUUUAAGGAUCUGUCAAAAGAUAAAGGAGGAUUUGAAGUGUCCUUUUGGUUUGCUGGUGAACCAAGUUUUGGAGCUUCUUAAAGUGAUUUUUUUUUUAUUGGAUAUGAUGAGCUAAAAGGGGGAAGUCGAGAGAGUAUAUACCACUUUUACGGGGGCUUGAGGGAGGGAGGGAGGGGGGUAAAAGUGCCAUGUCUCGUUGCUUCCCGUUUCCACCUCCAGGAUAUGAGAAGAAGAUUAGCACCGAUGAAGCAAACCCUUUGAUAAAGGAAAAACAAAAGAAGGAAAAGAAGCACAAAAAGGAUAAGGAAAAGAAAAAAGAUAGAGAAACAAGCAAAGACAAACACAAGGAACGGAAGGAGAGAAAGGAGAAACAUAAAGACAAGAAAGACAAAGACCGUGAUAAAGAAAAGAGCUCAACUUCAGAGGACAAAAAAGCUUCUUCUGUUCUGCCCAACACAAAGGACAGUGAACAGCUUGUAACAGAUAAUGGUAAUGGAGAGUCUAAGUUUAUUCAGGAUCUGGCAAGAAGGAUCAGAGAUGAAGAAGCUACAGACAGCCAAAGUGUGGGAAAGAUUAGUUUUCCCAAUGGAGUCACAGAGAACAAGCCAAUGUCACAAAACAACCAUAGGAAAGUUGAUGAAAAGCGAAGCUACACCAUGGCAAAAAGGUCUGAAAAUGCGGUUCUUCGAGUACCAUCCAGCACUGAUCAGAAUGGAUCUGAUGUUAUGGUUAAACCAUCGGAGAAAAAGGAUCAUGAGAAGAAUCACCGCAGGGAAAGUGUUACCAAGAGUGAUUUGCCAUCGGACAGCGAAAGGAUAAAGAAAAACGAACCAAAGUACACAACACAUAGAAGUAGUCAAGAGGAGAAAGAGCAAAUUGGUCAUGACAAACCAAAGUAUGUAGAGGGAGGGCCGAGGCUAAAAGAGAGAGACUUAGACUUUAGAGUGCAUGACCUUUCAAAGGCAAGCGUUAAAAAUCUCACCGCAGGUGGAGUACUUGGCAAACGGAAAGAUCAUGAGACAAAUGGUUUCUUGUAUGAGAAUGGAUCUAGGCAAAACAAGAUACAGAGGCCAGCUGCUUCUCCAAUAACAUCCGUGGAAAACGGGAGGAUGUUGGGAGGAUGCCAAACUCUUCCUAAACCUGUUACUGAGUUGCAAGGAACAGUGUGUAGUAAUCCACUGGUCAAGGAGGAGCAUAGAGUUAACGGUUUCAUUGAUUCUCAAGAACCCAAAGAUCGUCCAAAGAAAGUGAAAGAAAACGGCGGAGCGUCAGCGAAGAAGCGGUCUCAUCCGGACUUGAAGUAUUUGGAUCAGAUACUGAAUGUACCGCAGAGGGAGGAGUUGUGUGAGGUUGGUGAGAAUGAGGAACAAGAGUGGUUGUUUGGUCAGUCUGGAGUGAAAUUACUAAAGAAGCCAAGGAUAGAUUCUUCUACCACUUCAUUGGAUGAGUCUCUGCAAGUCUGGAACCAGGCUCUUAGAUUAGAAUCUGCUGAUACGGUUGCUCUUCCAUAUGUGGUUCCCUUCUAGUUUGAUGACACUCUAACGUUCAUUAUUCACUUCAGCCGAGGAGAAAGAUCCUCCCUCACAUUCUAUUACUCGGUUUAGCAAAUCAUAAUGAGUUGAUGGAAUGAGAGAUUUUGAGGGAUGACUGGUUUGGCUUCAUGAGAAGGAGAAACUUCCUUGCAAGAACACGUCAAGUCUAUGUAGGUUUUAGAGUACGGUCUUUUUUUCGAGUGUGAUUGUUGGAAACGAGAUUUCAGACUUUUGCUUCAGUUUUGAUUCUACUGUGUCAUCAUCAUAUGUUGAUGAGAUUAGCAUUAAGCUGUAUAUUAGAGAGGAUAUAGAAAAUGGGGGGGGGGGGGGGGAGAUGUUAUAAUUUUACCCACUAAUACAUUACAUUUUUACAUUUUGUCUCCUCUCUUCUGGGAGAAUCAAAGCCAUUCUUGGAAUGCAAACAACAUUUCAUCUUCA